AUGAGGACGGCGGCCCGGCCCCCCCAAGCCUUCCCCCUGAGGGCCGCCCCCGCCCCGCGCGCUUCCUGGCCGCCGCCGCCGCCCUUCGCGCCCGGCUUCGUCCCACCCCCCUCCUCCCGCCGCGGAUCCACCAGACAGCUAGGCCCCCGGCCGGGGGCAGGGGGGACGCCCCCUCCGGGGCACCCCCCGGCUCGGAGCCGCCUGCGGGGCCAGCCUCAGCCAGAAGAGGAGGAAGAAGCCGCCGAGGAGCAGCCCGAGGCCCCAGGGAUACCGAGAACCCACCCAUCAGAGCCUCCCUUCCACCUCUGCUCCUCCGUUCUCCCUGAGAGCCUCAACUUCCCUCCCACCCCAGAUCCUCCUACCUUUUCUGGGGAGACCCCUCAGCCCCUGUAG